AUGUUCGCACUUUUGCUGUUUUUGCUCCACCUAAAUUCAGUUCGUACCUCGUUCAUCGAUUAUUCUAGACACGUGGAGAAACUUCCAAAAAAAUCCUUCAAAGCUAUUGUGGAUAUCGCCGUUGGGUUACCUACUAAAUCUUUAACAAUUGUAAGGGGGAAAUCUUUUGAUAUCAGGGACGACGAUGAAUACCAAAUGAUUUAUUCAUUAUGCCAAAGCCAAAUACCUGUUAUCAAUAUGGACUUUUUGACAAAUGACAGUAAACUCGAGUAUUUCAAGUACCAACGGGAUGGGCUGGACACAUCAGAGGAGCGAACCAGUCUAAUCCUCUGCGAACCGCAAGAAUGCGAGACCAUAAUUGCCGAGCUAACAGAAAUAAAUUUAAUCCACCGCUCGAUGCUAUAUAUUUUUUACUGGCAACACGGGGUCGUGAGCAAGAAGUUUCGAGACGGUAUGAAGGAGGCGAUGAGGGUCGCAGUCAUUACUAAUCCUAGAUGGAACGUGUAUCGUAUUUACUACAAUCAGGCAACAUCAAAUAACCUGAAUAGUCUGUCUCUAGUCAACUGGUGGUCUGGGAAGCUGUACAAAAAGCCAGUGCUGCCCCCAGCUGAUAAAGUUUAUGCAGAUUUUCAUGGGAGAGUAUUUCAUGUGCCCGUUUUGCACGCGCCCCCGUGGCAUUUCGUGAAGUACCAAAAUAAGUCAGUGAACGUCACGGGCGGGAGGGACGACAAACUUUUGGCUUUGCUCGCUAAUAAGCUUAACUUCAAAUACAAAUACUACGACCCACCGGAACGAAGCCAAGGAUCUAUGAUUUCUGGAAAUGGCACUUUCAAAGGUGUUCUCGGAUUAAUAUGGAAACGACAAGCGGACUUCUUUCUCGGUGACGUCACAAUAACGUGGGAGAGGCUGCAAGGUAUGGAGUUCAGUUUCCUCACGCUAGCGGAUUCUGCGGCCUUUUUGACUCACGCGCCUGCUAAGUUAAGCGAAACGCUUGUCAUUAUCAGACCUUUUCAUUGGCAGGUGUGGCCGUUUGCUGGCGCUACAUUACUAGUGAUUGGUCCGGCUUUGUGGUUUGUGAUAGCAGCACCCUCCUUCUGGCAGCAACGGAAAACAGACUUGGUCAAACUGCUUGAUGAAUGCUGCUGGUUUACCACUACGUUGUUCUUGAGACAGACAACAAAUAAGGAACCGUCACAAUCACACAAGGCUCGUCUAGUAUCCAUUCUUAUUUCUCUUGGAGCGACUUACGUCAUUGGUGACAUGUACUCCGCAAAUCUUACAAGUCUUAUGGCUCGACCGGCGAAGGAACAGCCUAUAGGAACAUUGGAAGUGUUAGAAGAAGCUAUGAGGAAGAAAGGCUAUGAACUAGUAGUUGAGAAACACAGCUCAUCGUUGACUAUUUUACAGAACGGGACAGGAGUAUACGGCUCUCUCGCUCGCCUGAUGAAGCGUCAGAAAAUCCAGCGAGUGAGGAGCAUUGAAGUGGGGGUCCGUAUGGUGCUGUCGAAGCGUCGGGUAGCCGUCCUGGGGGGACGAGAGACCCUGUACUAUGAUACUGAACGAUUUGGUUCACACAAUUUCCACCUCAGUGAGAAACUAUACACCCGAUAUUCAGCCAUAGCUCUUCAAAUCGGCAGCCCCUACUUAGAAACCUUCAAUAAUGUGGUAAUGACGUUAUUUGAGGCGGGAAUUCUCAACAAAAUUACAACCGACGAAUACAGGAACCUUCCAGAAUCAUCUAGACGUACUUCGAAGGUCACGGAGAGUGAGAAUAAGGAAAGUAGUGAUGGCGGAGAGAACGGCAUGGCGUCACAGACGCAAAACGAAUCAACAAUAGGUUUAGAACCCGUAUCUCUUACAAUGCUACGAGGGGCUUUCUGUCUUCUUGGAGUUGGAUAUUUAUUAGCAGGUCUAGUAUUGAGUAUAGAAGUCUGUGUACACCGUCGCCGCAUGAUCACACCUACGUCUAUAAUUGAGAAGACUCCGGCAUACCGAUUGAAAAGAAUAAAACGCCAUCUUAGAAGACACAUCCGCCACCUCAUCCGAGCCUUUCAAAGGUUCAUUGAUAACGCUCUAGGACCAGUGUAUUGA